UUUCAUAAUUGUUUAUGACCUCAUAAAUUAAACAGUUAAAUGUCUAAUUAAAGUGUUUAUUCUGGUAGCUUUCCUUUACCAAUAAUGAACAUUCAACUCGCAAGUUUUUUCCUGAAAUAUCACUUUUUUGUUACCCACUGAAAAUGAUUGUGAUUAAAUCAUAACCAUAUUGAUGGUAAUCUUAUCCAUAUUAUAUCCGCCCAUUGAAUAUAAACUAUAUAUAUUUGUUCAUUAAACUAUUAACACAAACUGGUUUGUUUUUAGUGUUUAAUUAUGAGGAAAAAAUUUGGUUUGGAACGUAACCUUCAGAAUAGAUAAUUAUAUUCCGUAUUCCUAGCCCUUUGAAUCCACUUGUUAAACUGUCAAUUAUUGUCCAAAUCUUGACCAAUCUUUUAUAUGAUAAUUUUGGAUAUCAAUCAAACGCUUUAAAUUGUGCCAUACGGAUUUUUAAUCAUUCAACGUCGUAAAAUGUCAAAUAAAUUUCUGAGUGGACCCAAACCAAGAAGAAUUGAUUCAAAGACAAGUCUGACUGGAAAUUCUGUGUCGUCAGAUGAUAAUGAAUCUGGAACAAUUAAAAAACAUGGAAUGGGAACUUUGGUGGCAAUACUAUUCAUUGCCGGUGAAAAUGCCGGCUGUGGGGUAUUGGCUUUACCUUUCUCAUUUGAUCGAACCGGUUGGAGUGGUUUACCUUUACUAAUCAUGUGUUGGAUUGACGCAGGAAUAUGUGGAAUCCUUAUUGGUAAAUGUUGGCUCAUUUUGGAAGAAAGAUGGCCUGAAUUUCGUGAAUCUUGUCGAUAUCCGUAUGCAGCAAUCGGAGAAAUGGCUUACGGUUCCUGGAUGAAAAAAGUCGUAUCCUUUUGUCUUCAAACCUGUCUACUUGGGUCUGCAGUAGUAAUUUUGUUAAUAUGUGCUCAAUUGGUAUCGGAAUUUGCCGGCCAGUAUUUUCACCUAUCAUUUGGAUUAUGGAUAUUAAUUGUUGGCGUUGCUUUAUUACCAUUUAUGAUGCUUGGUAGUCCAGGUGAAAUGUGGCCAGUGGCUGCAGCCGCCUUAUUUACAAUUACAUCAGCCAUUGUUUUAAUUAUGAUGGAAGCUACCAAAGAAUUCGUCAAAGCGGAUAUGAAGCCAGCACCAUCCUCGCAGCCUUCUAUAUCGAGUGUUUCGUUGGCUUUCGGUACCUUUAUUUUCGCUUUUGGAGGAACUGCAAUUUUCCCCAACUAUCAAAAUGAUAUGAGAGAUAAAUCCAAGUUUCCAAAAGCCGUAAUCUUCGGCUAUUUAAUUUUGAUCGUUUUAUAUGUACCUAUUGCUAUCACUGGUUAUAUUGCUUAUGGAUCAAGUGUUAAAAACAAUAUAAUCUCAUCGAUACCCAAUGGACUCGCAAAAGAUGCUGCCAUUCUUUUAUUAUCUGGUCACCUUUUCGCAGCAUUUCUCAUUGUAAUUAACGGGGCAAUAUUAGAAAUUGAAAAUGCGAUCAAAAUACCAAAUGCUUUUGGUUGGAAACGCUUUUCUGUUCGGACGGUGGCAUUGAUAUUCGUUUUGUUUAUUAGCGAAACAAUUCCUCAUUUUGGCAAAAUUCUCGACCUUAUGGGUGGCUCAUCUAUAACUAUGCUUUCUUAUAUUUUGCCUCCUCUCUUUUAUUUGAAAUUAUGUUCCAUGAAAGAUGAAAACUGGCCUGAAUGGAAAGUAUCAACUCUGGAAAAGAUUUAUUACUACAAAAUCUCGAUAGUUGGCAUAAUUGGCGGAAUCUCUUGUACCUUUUGGGCCUUAAAAGCAAUCUUUGCACCUGGAGCACUCUCAUUGCCCUGUUAUAUUGACUUUAAUUGUUCAAACGAGUAAAAAAACGAGUGUUUGAUUUAUGACUAAAAGCUCUAUCAAACAAAACAAUCAAACAUCCAUCAUUUAUUAGUCAAUUCAUCAUCUCAAAGAGUUUGAUUAUUUUAAGUUCAACUCGUAAAAUCUCAGAAAUUAUAUAAAUUAUUAUAAAAAUUGAAUGUAAAAUUUUAAAUGACAACAAUUGGAAUCACUCAGCUUAGUGAUUCUCAUUAUAUUCAAAUUGAACCAUCAUUUGAUUGACUUCUGUAAAAUGAUUACUUAAACUGUUUGAAAAAUGACUCUGUGUUAUUUUGCUAUACAAAUGUACAUUAGAUUGUUUGUUUACCUGUAAAUUACGUGACUAUUAAAAAUUUCAAUUGUUUGCUGUUAA